AUGGAGUCUUUUAAGAUAACUUCUCUCCUUUUCAUUUGCAUGCUUUUCCUUUCCUCUCUUACUCCCAUUCUUGGUUGUAACUUUUGUGGUAAACCUUCUCACAAGCCCAAAACUCCCUCUCCCAUUGUUAAGCCACCUAUUAAGUUGCCACCUAUUGGAGUUCCACCUGUCACAGUUCCACCAAUUGUAAAACCACCCAUUAACUUGCCACCUAUUGGAGUUCCACCUGUCACAAUUCCACCUAAGUUGCCACCUACUGGAGUUCCACCAAUCGUGAAACCACCAAUUGGAAUUCCACCAGUCACAAUUCCACCUAACUUGCCACCAAUUGGUCUUCCACCAGUUGUAAAACCACCAAUCAAGUUACCGCCAAUUGGAAUUCCACCGGGUGUAGUACCACCAAUUACUACACCAGUUACACCAUCACCUAAAGGAAACCCAUGUCCACCAUCACCAAGUACAAAAGCAACAUGCCCAAUUGACACAUUGAAACUUGGUGCAUGUGUGGAUCUUCUUGGUGGGCUUGUUCAUAUUGGAGUUGGUGACCCUGCUGUUAAUGAAUGUUGUCCAAUUCUUAAGGGACUUGUUGAACUUGAAGCUGCUGCUUGCCUUUGCACAACACUUAAAGUCAAACUACUUAACCUUAAAAUCUAUGUCCCUCUUGCUCUUCAACUCCUUGUUACUUGUGGGAAGAAUCCACCACCUGGCUACACUUGCUCCGUCUAGAUUUAAGUUCCAAGCUAUGAUUUGAAGAAUUGCAUGGAUCGACAUGAGAGGAUGUCGAAUUUAUGAUUUAUUUAAUUUCUCUCCCUCCAAACUGUAUUUUAGUUUGUGUAUUGCUACUAUUGUUUACUUUUGGCAUUACUGAAUUGCAAUUCAUUAAUGAAAUUAUUUCAGUGUAUUGUUUCAA